AAAAAUACCGACUGAAUCUAGGAAGCUUGUAAUCGGAUCAGCGCCUCGGUUCCGCUGCUGCCCUACCCUCAGCCUCUCCGAAACCCUUUCUCCGAUCCACCGACCGUCAUCGCCAUGGCCACCUCCGCCAUCCCCCACGAACCCCCUCCUGCCGGCGGCGCUACCGCCGGCGACGACCCCGAGGACGACGAUUAUGUCGAGUAUAUCCCCGUCAAGAAGCGCCGCGCCUUGGAAGCCCAGAAGAUCCUCCAGCGCAAGGGCCGCCUCUCCUCCGCCAGCGGCGGCGGUAGCGGUGACAAUCCGUCCGCCGACGACGACCCCGACCGGCCCUCCCUCGCCCCCGAGGCCAAGCCCAGUCUCCUCGUCAAGGCCUCCCAGCUGAAGCGCGAGCUCCCGGAGAUCAGCCCCAUGGAGCAGCGCGUCCAGCAGGAGAAGGAGAUGAUCGAGCACCUCUCCGACCGCAGGACCCUCAUGUCCGUCCGCGAGCUCGCCAAGGGCAUCACCUACACCGAACCCAUCCCCACCGGCUGGAAGCCCCCCACGGCCAUCCGCCGCAUGCCCGCUCGCCACGCAGACGCCAUUCGCAAGCAGUGGCACAUCCUCGUCGACGGCGAGGACAUCCCCCCGCCCAUCAAGAACUUCAGGGACAUGCGACUCCCCGAGCCCAUCCUGAAGAAGCUCAAGGAGAAGGGCAUCGUCCAGCCCACACCCAUCCAGGUCCAGGGCCUCCCCGUCAUCCUCUCCGGCCGCGACAUGAUCGGCAUCGCCUUCACCGGCUCUGGCAAGACCCUCGUCUUCGUCCUACCCCUUAUCAUGGUCGCCCUCCAGGAGGAGGUCAUGAUGCCGAUCGUUGCCGGGGAGGGGCCGUUUGGCCUCGUCGUUUGCCCUUCGAGGGAGCUCGCUAGGCAGACCUUUGAGGUUGUGGAGCAGUUCUUGGCUCCGCUUAGGGAGCACGGGUACCCGGAGCUGAGACCGCUGCUGUGCAUCGGAGGCGUUGACAUGAGAUCUCAGCUGGAAGUUGUGAAAAAAGGGGUGCACAUCGUUGUGGCCACGCCUGGGAGGCUCAAGGACUUGCUUGCCAAGAAAAAGAUGAACCUGGACAAUUGCAGGUAUUUGACAUUGGAUGAAGCUGAUAGGCUGGUUGACUUGGGCUUUGAAGAUGACAUCAGGGAGGUUUUUGACCAUUUCAAGGCCCAGAGACAAACCUUACUCUUCUCUGCCACCAUGCCAAAAAAGAUACAGACCUUCGCAAAAAGUGCCCUGGUGAAACCUGUGACUGUCAAUGUGGGAAGAGCUGGGGCUGCAAAUUUAGAUGUCAUACAGGAAGUCGAGUAUGUGAAACAAGAAGCUAAAAUUGUAUACCUCCUGGAGUGCCUCCAGAAGACCCCACCUCCUGUCCUGAUUUUCUGUGAGAACAAGGCUGAUGUUGAUGACAUCCAUGAGUAUCUACUUUUGAAGGGAGUAGAGGCUGUUGCCAUUCAUGGGGGCAAGGAUCAGGAAGAAAGAGAAUAUGCCAUCGCAUCCUUCAAAUCAGGAAAGAAGGAUGUCCUGGUUGCCACCGAUGUCGCUUCCAAGGGCCUCGAUUUUCCUGAUAUCCAGCAUGUGAUCAACUACGAUAUGCCUGCUGAAAUUGAGAACUAUGUGCAUCGGAUUGGCCGAACUGGGAGGUGCGGAAAAACUGGCAUAGCAACAACAUUCAUAAACAAGAACCAAACUGAGACAACACUCCUUGAUCUGAAGCACCUUCUUCAAGAAGCAAAGCAAAGAAUCCCACCGGUGCUGGCGGAGCUCAAUGACCCAAUGGAAGAUGAGGAUGGCAUCACCAAUGCAAGCGGGGUGAAGGGUUGUGCCUAUUGUGGUGGACUUGGCCACCGCAUCCGAGAUUGUCCUAAACUGGAGCAUCAGAAGACCAUGGCUAUUGCAGGUUCGAGGAGGGAUUACUUUGGCUCAGGUGGUUAUCGGGGGGAGAUAUGAUUAUGCCUCGUGUGUAUAUUUCUGGAGCAGUUUGGCAUUUCCAUUACCUGCAUGGGUGCUUGUACCAGGUAGAGCUGGUUAAGAAUGGAUGGGCUAAUAUUUUAUUUAAAUGGAUAGUCCAUUUUAUGUGUGUAAAUAUCUGAAGCAGCUUUUGGCAUUUCCAUACCUGCAUGGGUGCUUAUGCCAGGUAUAGCUGGUUAAAAAUGGAUCGGAGAAUAUUUUAUUUAAAUAAAAAGAUGAUAUAUUGAACAAAUUA